GAACCUGCUUACACAGGGCACGGUCGUAGCUCUACGUACGCCAUGAACGAUGAAAGUGCGAGAGGGUAUUUGCCGCCAUCCACAGGGUUAGGAUCUAAUACACAACGUACACAAUCACAUAAUUUGCAGAGCCAGCGACAAUACAACGCACAGCAGUAUCAACAGUAUCCGCCGGAUCAGCGUCGUGAACAAUUGCAACAACAACAACAUAUGUUAAAUGAACGUCAACAAAGACUAAGGUAUGAACAGGAACAGUUUUUUCUACAGCAACAGCUCCAGGAUCAGCUAGAAAGCAAAACUACAUGUAAUUUUCUUGACGAUGGGGGCGGUAUUAAGGGUAGGACCGUAGCAGACGCACCUGUUCCUAGCCUGCCUAGUGGGGAGAGGAGAUUUUUCAAUGACAUUAAUACAGUGGCGGGGAGUUUACAAGGUUUGAGUAUAGAGCAGCUUGAUGUCCGACAAAAUUCAAACAGUAUGGACACGCAGACGACGAUGAGUAAAAACGAGGGAUCGAGUGUUCCGCAUGUGACGGUAUUGUCUAGUGAGUCCACCGACCGCUUGAUUAGCGAUAUCCUCAACAAGGACGCUAAUUUAUUCAACCCUACUCAAUUGUCAGUGUCUGAAACAAUUAACAUACAAGGAAGUCACGCGAACGAGGGGGUGGUUGGCUCUGAUAAAUCAUUGAAUACAAUUUACACACCAACUCCUGCUAGAGCUGCUUCCUUACCAGUGGACGCUGCGAAAGAUAUGAAUAGUUCAAAUGAACGACAAAUAUCAGAGACUAACAAGAUAGCAAAACCAGAAGAUACUAAAAACCAGAACUCGAACCUGGCGAACGGGGCGUCUCUCGAUUCGUGUGCCAAUUGUGGCUGCACAAGCACAUCCACGUGGCGCAAGCGUGAUGCGACGAAUGAAACGCUGUGCAACGCAUGCGGAUUGUACGAGCGCGUGCAUUUCAUGAAGAGACCCGCGUCACUGAUCAACCGCAAGCCACGCAAGCGACAUGUGCGCAAGGCGUUGAAUUCAGCGGUGUCUCUCACAAAGCUUGUCCCUUUCCCACAGUUUGCACCGAAUACCAAGAAGGUACAGCCUCAUCAAUCGUCCCUCCUGCGCGCUAAGAGCUAUGCAGCACUACCAGGGGUGUCUCCGCUAUCAGGUGUGCAAAAUACAACAGCUCCCACUGCUGAUAAUAGGCAGUACGGCUUGGACGCCAGAGGUCUGCAAUAUACACAACAGCAGCCUAGCUUGAAUACGGGCGUGGUCUUCAACCGGUCCGUCUCGCACCAAGAUUUACACCAAGCAAGGAAUCCGGAGACCUAUAAUGCACACACUGAUGGGGGAUUCGAGGCACAAGACGGCGAAGGACGCGCUCAACACAGCUAUGCCAAUCCCAGCCCUGUUCUGCAGUACGCGAGCGAAGCUGGAUUGCAAACAUUCCAGCCGUUAACGCCUCGCGAAAAAGAACAGAUUCAGUGGCAACGACAACAGCAACAGCAACAGCAAGUACAGCAACAGCAGUACCUUGUACAGCAACAGCGGCAGAUGCAGCAUCAAACAGCACAACUGCAGCAUCCAACAGCACAACUGCAGCAUCAAACAGCACAACUGCAGCAUCCAACAGCACAACUGCAGCAUCAAACAGCACAACUGCAGCAUCCAACAGCACAACUGCAGCAUCCGGCUUAUAGCAGGAACAAUACAAAUCUAACGACUACCCAAGAGAACAAUCUGAGGUUGGCUGAGAUUGAAGAUCAUUCCCACACAUCGUCUCCACGGAAAGAGCAGUUUAUGGACAAUUCGCAAAUGUUGGGCAUGGGACUCAUGAAACGCGCAACAAGCGUACCAAACUCACCGAUGAUUCCGAAUACAGGCGCACAGCAACGCCAGCCACAGGCUGUUGGAUAUGACUUCAAUGUUAUGUACAAUGACGGGAUCGUGGAUAGACGCCCCACUGUCGGGGGUGGUUUCCUGCAUGACCCACGGUUCACGCCCAGUAUAGCAGCCCGCAGUCAUCCGAAUUUAAACGAGGCCAGCUGUCGAGAACAGCGCCAAGUGCAAAACCAGCAACCUCCGCAACGGUUGUAUCUUGCGUCCGGGGGUAAUGCCACAAACAGCCUGGACGUGGGGUUUGGUGACAAGUUGCGGUUUGGGUGCGACCCGCGGGACGGUUCCGAUCGGCCGCUAAAUGUAGGAAACGAGUCUCCUCAAGUAAACCAGGCUCAGGCUCAGGCUCUUGGGUGGGGUAUGACGUUGCCUGUGCCAAACCUGCCAUUCGAUAAUGCCGCGUUCACGCCGUUUGGCGAUGAGAGCCCUACGCAGUGGUAGGGAGUAUGGUAUGAACUCGCACGUACAGUACAGUACAGACCCAUCUUUCGGUUCGGUUACCCGUGUGGAGGAAUCGGCGAAGGUUUGCAAGAAGCCGCAGGUCGAUUCGGACUCAUUUGACGUGUCACAAUCUUGCUUGUAUAUAGAGAGUAUAUAACUCUACUCGAACAUAGGUGUCAAACAUGCGCGUGGGCUACUACUUUAUGACACGCACACCACUGUCCGUCAUUCUAGACUGAUUGGUUCGCUUGCAGCGCAACUUACGGUGUGAUAUGUGCCAAGAAGAGGUGAUAGUAUGGACUAUAGCAGUAUUCGGAACAGCUGAAUCAAAUCACCACUACCAGUGCUAUAGUAUUAACCACUGAAACAAUCACACAGACAAGCUUAGGCGAGUCUUCUCCGUUACUGAGCGGCGUCGAUAAGAAUUAUUUAGUAAUAUAAUUGGAUACAGAAUUGUGUGCCGGGCUCAUAAUCUAGAGCAUCUUCGAUACAACAGCAAUAAAGUAGAGGGCAGGUUUCCAAUUGGGAAAUGUGGUGCGACUAGUUACCACCCUGCGGCAGAGGAA